AUAGGCUUUUUCAGUUCAUGCUCCGACAUAACACGUUCACAUCUCAAAUUUUCGCAGAAGCAGCUGCUUCCCUCUCGUCUCCAGGUGAUCGAAGCUUCUAUGGAAGAGAACAACAACGCCGGUAGCGAUUCCGACUCUAAUUCCGUCGAAGAUUCACAAAACUAUUACGAACCGAUCUCAGCCGUCGAUCUAGAUAACGCCGAUGACGAUGACGAUGAUGACAGUUAUCUUCCAGUCGGUGGCAACGGUCUCUCUAACGGCCAUUGUAUGAUCCCGGAAGCAGAGGAAAGAAUCUCCUCUAUUAGAAUAAACGAAGACGGAGAGAGCGAAGAAGAAACAGAGACGGAGACUGAACCGGAGAUCCGUAGAGCAUUUGAAGAGGACGAACGGCGUCGAAGAUCGCCGUUAGUGGCGGAGAACGCCGUUAGGGUUAUGGAGGCAAUGCGAGCCAUCUCGUUCCCUGGAACGGCUCCUGAUUGGGCCUCCGAUGUUAAUGAGGAUCGUUGGAUUGAUCAGCUUCGAAGAUUGAGAUCCACUUCUCAAUAAACUAAACACUACUUUCUCCAAUCUCUCGAUACUUUGUUUCCGUUGAAUAUCUUUCUCAAUGUUGUUCAUCAAUGUGACUUCUAAACAUUCAAUUCAAAAACCAGAGAAUUUCCCCACUC